AUGCUGGGGACAUCCUUCAUCGCCGUUCGGGUCAGCCCCUGGUGCGGGGGCGGAAAGCGCCCCUCGGAGCCUCCAAACCUCGCGUUUCUCAAUAUAAUGAAUUCCGUGCAUCUGGGGUUUGAACUUCUGGAGUUGGUGACGUGGCGGUUGCCUAGAAGCCCCCCAGCUCGGCUUGGGUUCCCCGGUGGGACGGCAGACGAGGUGAAGGACAUGGAAGAGACGAUCGAAGAGCUGUUGAGGAGGCUGGACGAGUUCUGCGGGAUAACGGACGCGAUUAGAAGUGAUACAUCAGAGAUCCUGGACGAGACCAUUCCACUUAUUAAAGACAAGGUGAUGGAAAUGAAUCACAUCUAUGCCAAAGUUGAUAAAUUAGAGGCAUUUGUUAAAAUGGUUGCACAUCAUGUUUCCUUCCUGGAAGAGCAAGUGCUUGAAGCAGAGAAGAGCCAUGGCACCUUUCUUAAUACUGUUUGCAAAUUAUUUCAGUGUGCAACUAUCUCGUCAUUUAAAAACGCAAUCCCUUCAACUGGUCGCCACUUAAGUGGGAUUAUUUGGCUGCAUGGACCUUUGUAUGAUGCAGUACAGCUGCUUGUUAAUAACUUUUACAUUGUGGUUCUCACUGUAGAUUCUGGCUCUGAAUGA